AUGGCCUCCCGAAAGCGCGCAUCCGACCACCAGGGUCCUGGUGAUGACACCCGAGCCGAGACCAAGAAAGCCAAGGUCAACUCAGGCACCGAGACUACAAGCAAGACUGAUUCCAACGGGGAUCGAUCCUGGGAAAUCUCCAAAAUGCGCCGAGUGACCGUCUCCGAGUUCCGAGGCAAAACCAUGGUCAGCGUCCGCGAAUAUUACGAGAAAGAUGGCCAAGAACUUCCUGGAAAGAAGGGGAUUUCCAUGACGCUUGACCAAUUCUCGUCUUUGAUUAAGCUACUCCCGGAAAUCGAGCAAGCCGUUCAGCAACACGGCGAGUCGUUGCCUCGACCAGCGUACACUGGAGCCGCGGACCAAAAUGAUGCCGAGGAUGACGAAGGGCAAGGUGAGGCUGGGAAUAUUGCGAGCCCUUCGAAGCAAAACAUCGAUGCUACGAGCGACGAGGAUAGCGAUUCAUAG